ACUUGAAACAGGACUGUGGCUGGUCCUCAUGGACGGAAGGGGGUGGUAAACUAAAAGGGCGGCUAGGUCUCUCCUUCCUAAACUCAUUAAGGCGACCCUCAGAGUCAUCCCUCACUACUCGUUCUGUCACAUUCCGGGUUUUUGCGUCUCGUUUCCUGUUUUAUUUUGAAGUCCUUGUCUCUCGUGUCCUCUGUUUCCCUGCACUUCCUGUCCCUGUGAUUGUCCUGUGUCUAAUCACCUGCACAUUCCCUGUGUAUUUAAACCCUGUUUGUCUUCUGUUCGUAGUGUUUUUGUCCUUAGAUGAUCUCCCUGCCGAGAGCCUACUUUUUGUGAUUCCUCUGUAUUUUCCAAAAGGAAUAACGUUUCCUUUGUACCGUUGUCGGCAUUUGGGUCCUCUCUCUCUCGCGCUCUCUGGCUACAACAGUCGUGACAAGUUCCUCUCUUACAGGGUUUUUAAGCCCUCUGAGGAAGACCUCCUGUAGGGAUACGUCGCUCCACCCAGAACCAUGUGCAACAAGCAGGCAAGAGGAAAUGUCUUUAUCGCGAAGGGGGUGAUCAAAAACCCUACGCAUGUCAUCAGAAAAGUCCUGGUAUGAGGAGUUAGCUAUCGACUGACUCCCAUAAACUUGUAGGCCAAGCUAGCGCCCUCCCAGACCCCAUAACAAAGGCAAUCUUGGCUCUCUCUUUGACAUAUCAAGAAGGUUGCUGAUCAAAUACUAGGGCUGAUCAAGGUGUUGAGGAGUUGGGGAUCUAAGUGACUCCAUGUGGUCCCUGAGGAGUUGGUCAACUGAAAGGUUUCUCGUAUCGCUGUCUCACUUAUCGGCUCCUUUGUUUACACUCCACAGGAGUAAGAUGCGAUCCAGGAGCUGCACCAUGGAGGGUCCCGACGACGGACACAUCCAGCCCACCAGAGGUUUCAUCAAGCAGGUGGAGGAGAACAAACCGGAGCUCGCAAAGAGGAAGAUGAAGGUCCAGCGGGAGGAAAAGGACGGGAGGGCGGCGAAACCUCAGAAACCUGCAGAGAGCAGGAAGCCGGCGGCGGAUCUGUCAAAGUCCGACAUGCUGCAGCUGCUGGGGAUCAUGGAAGGAGAAGUUCAGGCCAGAGAGGACAUCAUCGGCCUGCUGAAGUGGGACAGAACCAGACCGGAGGCUCUGGAGGCCCAGUACGCCUCCGCCGUCCCCAUCAAAGCCCUUCAGGCGCUGCAGAGAGACGGGCAGCUCACCCUGAGGACCAGCGGCAUGGACGACGUGUACGAGAAACCCAUGACCGAGCUGGAUCGUCUGGAGGUCAAACAGAAGGAGACGUACCGGCGGAUGUUGGAACAGCUGCUGCUGGCGGAGAAAAGCCACCGCCGCACCAUCACGGAGCUGGACAGCGAGAAGCGUAACCACGGCAACUUCAUGAACAAGAGCGACGACUUCACCAACCUGCUGGAGCAGGAGAGGGAAAGACUCAAAAGGCUGCUGGAGCAGGAGAAGGUCUACCAGGCUCGUAAGGACAGGGACCACAGCAGGAGGCUGGAGAAGGUCAGAGCGGAGCUGGUCAAGCUCAAGUCCUUCGCCCUGAUGUUGGUGGACGAGCGGCAGCUGCAUAUCGAGCAGAUCGACCAGCAGAGCCAGAAGGUCCAGGACCUCGCUCUCAAGCUGCAGGAGAAAGAGCAGCGCUUGGUGGCGGUCACCGACACCGCCAAGGAGGACGGCCAGAAGGUCCUCGCGCUGGAGGCCGAGCUGGAGCAUAGAGCGGCCAGGUUUGCCCAGGAACAAGAGGAGAUGACGGCCAAACUGGCCCACGAAGAGUCCCAGAGCCGACAGCUCAGGCUGAAGAUGGCCGGAUUGGCGCACAAGAUUGAAGAGCUGGAGGAGAGCAACAAGGCGCUUCAGAAGUCAGAGGAAGACCUGCAGGAGCUGAGGGAGAAGAUCAGCAAAGGGGAGUGCGGGGAUUCGUCUCUCAUGACCGAGCUGGAGAAUCUGCAGAAGAGAGUGCUGGAGAUGGAGGGCAAGGAUGAGGAAAUAACCAAAGCAGAGACUCAGUGCAGGGAGCUGAGGAAAAGGCUGCAGGGUGAGGAGACCCACAGCAAGGAGCUGAGGCUGGAGGUGGACAAACUGCAGAAGAGGAUGGUUGCGCUAGAGAAACUGGAGGGGGCUUUCAGUCGGAGCAAAACAGAAUGCUCUCAGCUCCACACAAACCUGGAGAAAGAGAAACGUGUCGUGAAGGAUCUGGCCGGCGAGCUGGAGGCGGUGAAAACUCAGUUAAAGGGACUUGAGUGCUCAGAGACGAAGUUUGAAAAGGCCGAAACGGUCUUCAAAGACGAUCUGAUGAAGUUGAAGUCCUUCACAGUUAUUCUGGUCGACGAAAGGAAAAACAUGGCGGAGAGGCUCAAACAGGAAGAACAGAAAAGUGAUGAUUUGAGUAGGAUGUUCAAAGCAGAGCAGGAAAAGGUCACAGAGGUCACGGAGAAGCUGAUUGAGGAAAGCAAAAAACUUCUCAAAUUCAAAUCUGAAAUGGAGGUCAGAGUCACAAACCUCGUGAAAGAGAAAGAUGAGUCAAAAAAUAAACUUCUGAGUGAAGAGGAAAAGUGUAGGAAGCUGAAUACCAAGUUAGGUGGUAUGAAAAUAAGAAUCGAUGGACUUGAGGAGACUGAGAGGGAAAUACAGAGGAAGUGGUCCAUCAAGGACAAUAAUCCAGAUGAAGACAACAAAGUCAAAGAGUUUGCGCUAGAAAUUGAAAGACUUAAGAGCCGGCUCAAACAGCUCGAGGUGGUAGAAGGAGACUUAAUGAAAACAGAGGAUGAGUACGAUCUACUGGAGAAGAAAUUCAGAAUGGAGCAGGACAAAGCGAACACCCUCUCGAAGCAGCUGGAAGAAAUGAAAAGUCAGAUCGCCAGAAACAAAGCCAUCGAGAAAGGCGAGGUCACGUGUCCUGAGGCUGAGCUCAGGAUUCGCUGCAAGAUGGAGGAGGCCAAAACUAGAGAGCUGCAGGCGGACGUCCAGGCCCUGAAGGAGAAGAUCCACCAACUGAUGAACAAGGAGGACCAGCUCUCCCAGCUGCAGGCGGAUUACUCCGUCCUCCAGCAGAGGUUCAUGCAGGAAGAAGAGAAGAAGAUGAGCCUGAGCCAUGACUUCGCCAACCUUACGAAGGAGAUGGAAGCCACCAAGCGGUACAGUCGCGCCUUGAGACCCAGCAUGAACGGUAAGCGGAUGCUCAGUGUCCCGGUGACCUCCACCGCAGUGCAGACGGAUGCGAUGGCGAGCGAAUCGGCUGAGGACGAGACGGCGGCGGGCUUCAUCCGGAAGUCAGUCCUCGAGGAAAACCACCUAAUGAGCAACCUCAGACAACGGGGUCUUAAAAAGCCGGCGGUUCUUGAGCGAUACCCUCCAGCUUCGGCAGAACUGGGCGCAAAAAAAUCCUGGAUACCCUGGAUGAAAAAGAAGGAGGCCAUUACGCUUACUCAGACCGCUCCCGACAAGACCAGUCGGGUGUCCUUGUUCCAUCCGCCGGAGAUGACCGGGCCGGGCCAGCCGCUGCACAUCCGCGUGACCCCGGAUCACGAGAACAGCACCGCCACGUUGGAGAUCACCAGCCCUCUGGUCGAGGAUUUCUUCUCCAGCACCACCAUCAUCCCGACUCUCGGUCUUCAGAAACCUCGCAUCACAAUCGUCCCCGAGCCCACCACCGUGGCCUCGAGGAGCAAAGCCUGUGAGCUGGCGGGAGGUUUCGAUCGAGCCAAAUCCCCGGUCACCAUUAUGGCCAUCUCCAGGGCCAAGAGUCCGGAUAAACCCGUAGGCCUCCGGUUGCCGGUGUCCAUCAUCACGGUCAGCACCACCCCUGUGGCCGAAGCGAGCGCGUCGCCCGAGCCUCACGACGUCACCGCGAGCCGCACGGUGAUCAAGGUAACCCCGGAGAAGCAACCGACGCCGUACAGGAAGUACAACGGCAACAUCAUCACGACAGAGGACAACAAGAUCCACAUCCACUUGGGUCCGCAGUUCAAGAGGCCCUCCGAGGGGUGCGGCGGUGCGCUGUUGACGCUCAGGAGCUCCGAAAGCAGCAAGGAAGCGUCGACGGGAACGGUGCUACGCUCGCCGCACCAAACCUCGACCGGGAAGACGACUCAGAGCAAAAUGACGAGCAGCAUAACGAUCACACCGAUCACCUCGGCGUCCGCCAGGCCGACGCAGUCAGUGCCGGGGUCGGACGUGCAGUCCGCUCGGACCGCCGCCACGCGGAUCCCGGUGUCAAGAGGUACGAAGCCGAGCAGCAAGGCGUCCGUGGCCGUUUCCACGGUGACGAGAGCCGAGAGCCACUCGAUGAAGAUCGAGCUGAGGAGGUCGACGGUGUGCGGCUCGGCCUCCGGGGGCAAGAGCUGA